AUGAAUAUGCGUCAUUUCAACGCGGCAAUCUUGACGCACGUCAAAUGGACGCAGCCAUUUGGACGAACGACAAUUGGACGCAUACGUCAUUUCGACGCAUAUAUUGAAGCUAAGAAAACUAGAAAUCUAAUAAAGGAAUAUGCAACAACAACAGUAACAACUACAAGAGCUAUACUGGGAGAAACGUCAGCACAGUUACCCUGUGCAGUGGUAGGACAGCUACCGAAUAUUAAAUGCUUGAAGAAAACAAUACAGCGGUCUAGAAAAAUGGUGGAAGCCAGUCCUUCAAACCCUCAAUCAUACAAUUUUGAAAUUCCAAAUAAAUUCCAAAUUACGUUAGACAGUGAACAAUUUUUAUUAUUUGACAGUGGCGAUAAUGGUAAUUAUGACGUACGGAUUCUAUUAUUUUCAACAGAAAAAAGUUUAAACGUAUUAAGAAAUUCGGAUCAUUGGUUUUCGGAUGGAACGUUUUCAUCUUGUCCAAAUUUAUUUGGUCAAUUAUAUACGAUUCAUGCAGUUUACUCUGGUGAAAUGAUACCGUUAGUGUAUGUUUUGUUGCCCGAUAAAAAAGAAGUAACGUAUAAUAAAAUGUUUCAAGCAUUAAAAUCCCUUAAGUUUGAUUUAUGUCCGAAAUCAUUUACAACAGAUUUUGAAAAAGCAGGAAUGAACUCUAUCAAAAAUGAAUUUCCAAGUACAGAAAUACAUGGCUGUUUUUUCAUUUUAUUCAAGCAGUUUGGCGAAAAAUUCAAAACUACGGAUUGA